UGGUGUUUAUUCUUGAUUAUUUUCUAAUAAUUAAGAAACAGAAGAGUCAGUAUUGUGAUCGUCAGUUCGGAGAGUUUUUUAUCGAGAAAUAUCGAGAAGUGUCGCUAAGUCGAGAACGUAGUCUUUGUCGAGCUUAUACGUCACUAUUCAGUACGCGGCCUUUGAGAAGCUUCGACGAGAGCGUACACUAUAAAUACGCAGCAGCUGUGAAGCGGGAAAUUCCGCCAGAGGUGACGUCAUCGCAGCAUCAGGGACAAAUGGGUGCCACAGUGAGGCCGAGAGAAUUCGACGCGGACCAGCCGAGCCAAACGGAGCAGCUCGCCAACUGGAUAAGCAGAGUGCGCUCGAAGAAAAUUCUUUGUCGAAGAAAUCGCAGGCGCAACCUCCGCGUCGAGGCCGUCCUGACGUCGGUUUUGUGCAAAGCAGAGCACGAGCUUCGCAACAAGCAGAUGACGAGAAUCAUGAAGUGGCAGGAGAUGAAGCAACGCCUGCUCGAGGACAUCUGCUACAAAGAUGGCGACUAUAAAGACGGAGAGUUCAGAAAUGGCUUCCAAGAUGGCGGCGACUAUCAAGAUGUCUCGAACAAGGUGAACGGCUACAAUGCACUGUACACACAAGACCAGUACAACGUGUGGAACGGUCCUUUGUGCCCCGAACUAAGUAGCUUGGACUCGUUCAUGUCGCAGCUGAGUGAAAUUAAAGCGCCUCUUCAACGAUGAAGGAAUCGCUGCCGCUUCCGACGCGAAAAAUCACUUUAAAAGCUGCCACUGCCGCUGUUGCGUUUAUCGAAAAACCGCCAUGAAUCGGUUCUUUCGAUUAUCCAAGAAACAUAUAA